AUGCUGCCCGCCGCGCCCGCCCGCCUGGCGCUGGCCCUGGGCCUGGGCCUGUGGCUCGGGUCGCUGGCGGGGGGCCCCGGGCGCGGCUGCGGGCCGUGCGCGCCCCCCUGCCUGUGCAGCCCGGAGCCCGGAGGCGCCUGCCGCGUCAACUGCUCGGGCCGCGGGCUGCGGACGCUCGGGCCCGCGCUGCGCAUCCCCGCAGACGCCACAGCUCUGGACGUCUCCCACAACCUGCUCCGGGCUCUGGACGUCAGGCUCCUGGCCAACCUGUCUGCACUCGUAGAGCUGGACAUAAGCAACAACAAGAUUUCUACAUUAGAAGAAGGAGUAUUUGCUAAUUUAUUUAAUUUAAGUGAAAUAAACCUGGGCAGGAACCCGUUGCAGUGUGACUGUGGCCUGGCGUGGCUACCACGCUGGGCGGAGGAGCAGCGGGUCCGCGUGGUCCAGCCCGAGGCGGCCAUGUGUGCGGGGCCGGGCCCUCUGGCCGGCCGGCCUGUCCUCAGCACGCCCUUGCUGGAUGGUGGCUGCGGGGAGAAGUUUGUCGCCUGCGUCCCGGACAACAGCUCAGGCGCUGUGGCGACCGUGGCCUUCUCCACUGCUCACGAGGACCCGCUGACCCCUGAGGCCUGCGGCGCCUUCUGCUUCUCCGCUGGCCAGGGCCUCGCUGCCCUCUCCCAGCAGGGCCAGUGCCUGUGUGGGGUGGACCAGCCCCUCAACAGCUCCUCGGCCUGCCUGUCCUGGUGCUCCGGCCCCCAUCUGUACCCCAGUCCCGCCUGCAGGGGCCCAACCCUGCUGCAGCAUGUCUUCCCUGCCUCCCUGGGGGCGGUCCUGGAGGGGCCCCGUGGACCCCUGGCCUCUGGCCAGCCCGCAGCUUUCCAUAUCACCGCUCCCCUCCCUGUCCGCUCCACAAGCUGGGACUUCGGCGAUGGCUCCCCCAAGAUGGACAUAGCUGGUCCUGCCGCUGCCCACCGCUUCCUGCUACCAGGGCACUAUCGUGUGACGGCUGUGCUGGCCUUGGGGGCUGGCUCGGCCCUGCUGGGGACAGAGGUGUGGAUAGAGGCAGCGCCCGCUGCCCUGGAGCUUGUGUGCCCGCCCUCGGUGCGCAGUGACGAGAGCCUCAUUCUCGGGCUCCAGAACCGCGGUGGCUCCGGCCUCGAGGCCACCUACAGCAUCACGACGCUCGGCGCGGAGCCGGCCCGAGUGGUGCACCCGCUCUGCUCCUCGGACACAGAGGUCUUCCCUGGCAAUGGGCACUGCUACCGCCUGGUGGCGGAGAAGGCUCCCUGGCUGCAGGCACAGGAGCAGUGCCGGGCCUGGGCCGGGGCCGCCCUGGCCAUGGUGGACAGUCCUGCCAUCCAGCACUUCCUGGUCUCCCAAGUUACCAGGAGCCUGGACGUGUGGAUUGGCUUCUCGGCUGUGCAGGGAACAGAGGCGGAGGGGGGCUCGGCCCCUCAGGGCGAGGCCUUCAGCCUGGAGAGCUGCCAGAACUGGCUGCCAGGGGAGCCGCACCCAGCCACCGCCGAGCACUGCGUGCGGCUCGGGCCCGCCGGGCAGUGCAACACGGACCUGUGCUCCGCGCCACACAGCUACGUCUGCGAGCUGCGGCCUGGAGGCCCUGUGCAGGACGCUGAGAACGUGCUCGUGGGCGUGCCCAGCGGGGACCUGCAGGGACUCCCCAGGCCACUGGCACCGCAGGAAAUCCUCCUUGUCCCCCGGGAGCCCGUGGAGGUCAUGGUGUUCCCUGGCCUGAGCCCGAGCCGUGAAGCCUUCCUCACCGCCGCUGAGUUUGGGACCCAGGAGCUCAGGCAGCCCGCCCAGCUGCGGCUGCAGGUGCACCGGCCCUCAGGAGAAGGAGCCUCAGGAAACAGCAGUGAGCCUCAGAGUGGGACCCUGGACAACAGGACGGAGCCGGCCGUCGAGUGCCUGCCCGGGGGGUGCAACUGCUCUGCAGCCCGUGUCUGUGAACGGCCGGCCGCCUGCUGCCACCCUCAGGCCUGUGCCAACAGGUCGACGGGGCCCUGGCGCCCUGGGGCCGCCUACACGCUGUGGAGGGAGUUCCUCUUCUCCGUGCCUGCGGGGCCUCCCGCACAAUACUCGGUCACCUUCAGCGGCCAGGACGUCCCCGUGCUCCCUGGUGACCUCAUUGGCCUGCAGCAUGACGCUGGCCCAGGUGCCUUCCUGCACUGCCCCCUGGCUCCCAGCCAGCCUGGCCCCGAGGCCCCAUACCUCUCCACCAACACCUCCACCUGGCUGGCCCACCUGCCCGCCCAGCUGGAGGGAGCACCUGCCGGCCACGCCUGCACCCUGUGGCUGCUUGCGGCCACGGAACAGCUCACCCCACUGCUGGGCCUGAGGCCCAACCCUGGGCUGCAGCAUCCCGGGCGUUAUGAGGUCCGAGCCACUGUGGGCAACUCCGUGUCCAGGCACAACCUGUCCUGCAGCUUCAGUGUGGUGUCCCCGGUGGCCGGACUGCGUGUCGCCCACCCCGCCCUCCACGACGGCCGCCUCUACGUGCCGACCAGCGGCUCAGCCUUGGUGCUCCAGGUGGACUCUGGUGCCAACGCCACUGCCACGGCUCGCUGGCCCGGGGGCAACGCCAGCGCCCCCUUCGUGGCUGCCUGCCCCCCUGCCACGGCCGUCCUCGUGCCUGCCUGCACUCAGGAGACCAACGACACCCUCUUCUCGGUGUUGGUGCUGCCCACGCUCGGGGAGGGGGAGCACGCGCUGGAGAUCGUGGCCGAGAACAGUGCCAGCCAGGCCAACCUCAGCCUGCGGGUGACCGCAGAGGAGCCCAUCCGUGGCCUCCGUGCCACGCCCAGCCCCGAAGCCCGUGUCCUGCAGGGCGUCCUGGUGAGGUACAGCCCCGUGGUGGAGGCCGGCUCCGAUGUGCUGUUCCGCUGGACCAUCGACGACAAGCAGUCCCUGACCUUCCACAACGUGGUCUUCAACGUCAUCUACCAGAGCGCCGCCGUCUUCAAGCUCUCGCUCACGGCCUCCAACCACGUGAGCAACGUCACCGUGAACUACAACGUCACUGUGGAGCGGAUGAACAGGAUGCGGGGCCUGCGGGUGUCUGUGGUGCCGGCCGUGCUGUCCCCCAACACCACGCUGGCGCUGACGGCCAGUGUGCUGGUGGACUCGGCCGUGGAGGUGGCCUUCCUGUGGACCUUUGGGGACGGGGAGCAGGUGCUGGGCCAGUUCAAGCCUCCAUACGAUGAGUCCUUCCAGGCCCCAGACCCUGCUGUGGCCCAGGUGCUGGUGGAGCACAAUGCCACCCACGUUUACACCAGUCCAGGCGAGUACAACCUGACCGUGCUGGUGUCCAACACCUUCGAGAACCUGACGCAGCAGGUGCCGGUGAGUGUGCGCACCACGCUGCCCACAGUGGUGGUGGGCAUGAGCAGCAGUGUCUUGGUGGCUGGCCGGCCCGUCACCUUCUUUCCACACCCGCCACCCCCACCUGGUGGCAUCCUGUACUCGUGGGACUUCGGGGACGGCUCUGCUGUCCUGGCACAGAGCCAGCCGGCGGUUAACCACACCUAUGCCUCGAGGGGCAGCUACCGUGUCUGCCUGGAGCUCAACAACACGGUGAGCAGCGUGGCGGCACGUGCCGACGUGCUUGUCUUGGAGGAGCUGCGGGGCCUGAGCGUGCACCUCAGCCCAGCUGUGGAGCAGGGCGCCCCCGCCCUGGUCAGCGCCACGGUGGAGGCCGGCGACAACGUCACCUGGACGUUCGACAUGGGGGACGGCACGGUGUUCACGGGUCCCGAGGCCCAGGCGCAGCACGUGUACCUGCGGGCGCAGAACUACACGGUGACCGUAGGUGCGGCCAGUCCCGCGGGCCACCUGGCGCAGUCGCUGCCCGUGCAGGUCUUUGUCCUGGAGGUGCUGCGCAUUGAGCCCUCCGGCUGUGUCCCCACGCAGCCUGCUGUCCAGCUCACGGCUCACGUCACCGGCGACCCCACCUGCUACCUCUUCGACUGGACCUUUGGUGACGGCUCCUCAAACACGAGCAUCCGGGGGCGGCCAACGGUGACGCACAGCUUCCCACGGAGCGGCACGUUCCCCCUGGUGCUGGUGCUGUCGAGCCGGGUGAACAAGGCGCACUACUUCACCAGCGUCUGCGUGGAGCCCGAGCUGGGCAACGUCACCCUGCAGCCCGAGAGGCAGUUUGUGCGGCCUGGGGACGAGGCCCGCCUGGUGGCGCACGCCUGGCCCCUGUUUCCCUACCGCUACACCUGGGACUCGGGCGCCGAGUCCGCUGCCCCUGCCCGUGCUGGGGGCCCUGAAGCGACGUUCACUUACCGAGAGCCGGGCUCCUACCUGGUGACAGUCACCGUGUCCAACAACGUGUCGGCCGCCAACGACUCGGCGCUCGUGGAGGUGCAGGAGCCCGUGGUGCUCACAGGCGUCAGGGUCAACGGCUCCCGCGCGCUGGAGCUGCAGAAGCCCUACCUGUUCUCGGCCGUGGGCCGUGGGCGCCCGGCCUCCUACCUGUGGGAGCUGGGGGACGGGGCCUGGCUCGAGGGCCCGGAGGUCACCCACGCCUACAACAGCACUGGCGACUUCACCGUCAGGGUUGCUGCCUGGAACGAGGUGAGCCGCGGCGCGUCCCAGCUCAACGUCACCGUGAAGCGGCGUGUCCGGGGCCUGAGCGUCAACGCCAGCCGCACGGCGGUGCCACUCAACAGCAGUGUGAGCUUCAGCACCUCGCUGGAGGCGGGCAGCGACGUGCGCUACUCCUGGGUGCUGUGUGACCGCUGCACGCCCAUCCCCGGGGGCCCCACCAUCUCCUACACCUUCCGCUCGGUGGGCACCUUCAACAUCAUCGUCACGGCGGAGAACGAGGUGGGCGCCGUGCAGGACAGCAUCUUCAUCUACGUCCAGCAGCUCAUCGAGGGGCUGCAGGUGGCAGGCGGCGCCGGCGCCUGCUGCUUCCCCACCAACCACACGCUGCAGCUGCAGGCCAUGGUGAGAGAGGGCACCAACAUCUCCUACAGCUGGACUGCCCAGCGGGAGGGCGGCCCGCCCCUCACCGGCAGCGGCAAGGGCUUCUUGCUCACCGCACUCGAGCCCGGCACCUACCACGUCCAGCUGCGGGCUACCAACAUGCUGGGCAGUGCCCUGGCCAACCGCACUGUGGCCUUUGUGGAGCCCGUGGGGUGGCUGACCGUGGCCGCCUCCCCCAACCCGGCUGCCGUCAAUGCGAGCGUCACCCUCAGUGCUGAGCUGGCCGGUGGCAGUGGCGUGGUUUACACAUGGUCCCUGGGGGAAGAGCUGAGCUGGGAGACGCUCAUGCCGUCCACAACCCAUGCCUUUGCCACAUCUGGCCUGCACCUUGUCACGGUCACGGCAGGGAAUCAGCUGGGCUUGGCCAAUGCCACCGUUGAGGUGGCUGUGCAGGUGCCUGUGAGCGGCCUCACCAUCGAGACUGGCGGCCUGGACGGCAGCUUCGUGCCUGCUGGCUCCACUGUGCCCUUCUGGGGGCAGCUGGCCUCGGGCACCAAUGUGAGCUGGUGCUGGGCUGUGCCCGGCGGCAGCAAGUGCGGCCAGUAUGUCACCGUGGGCUUCCCUGACGCCGGCGCCGUCUCUAUCCAGCUCAACGCCUCCAACGCGGUCAGCUGGCUCCUAGCCCUGCACAACCUCACGGUGGAGGAGCCUGUCGUGGGCCUGGUACUGUGGGCCAGCCGCGAGGUGGUGGCUCCCGGGCAGCCAGUCCACUUUCAGAUCCUGCUGGCUGCCGGCUCAGCUGUCACCUUCCGCCUGCAGGUCGACGGGGCUGGCCCCGAGGUGCUGCCCGGGCCCUACUUUUCCCGCAGCUUUGCCUGGGUUGGGGACCAUGUGGUGAGCAUACAGGCCGAGAACCACGUGAGCCGGGCCCAGGCGCAGGUGCGCGUCUCGGUGUUGGAGCCCGUCGGUGGACUGCAGGUGCCCAAUUGCUGCGAGGCAGGCAUCCCCACAGGCGCCGAGCAGAACUUCACGGCGCGGGUGCUGCGCGGCUCCCGUGUCGCCUACGCCUGGUACUUCUCCCUGCAGAAGGUCCAGGGUGACUCGCUGGUCAUCCUGUCGGGCCGUGACGUCACCUACACCCCCGUGGCCGCGGGGCUGCUAGAGAUCCAUGUGCGUGCCUUCAACGAGCUGGGCGGUGUGAACCUCACGCUGGCCGUGGAGGUCCAGGACGUCAUCCGGCACGUGGCGCUGCGCAGCGGCCGCUGCUUCACCAACCGCUCCGCCCGCUUUGAGGCCGCCACGAGUCCCAGCCCCCGGCGCGUGGCCUACCGCUGGGCCUUUGGGGAUGGCACUCCUGUGCGCGACACGGAAGAGCCCUGGGCCGACCACCGCUACUCGCAGCCUGGGGACUACCGCGUGGAGGUGAACGCCUCCAACCUGGUGAGCUUCUUUGUGGCGCAGGCCACGGUGACCGUCCAGGUGCUGGCCUGCAGGGAGCCCGAGGUGGAUGUGGCCCUGCCCCUGCAGGUCCUCAUGCGGCGCUCCCAGCGCAACUACCUGGAGGCGCACGUGGACCUGCGCGACUGCGUCACCUACCAGACCGAGUACCGCUGGGAGGUGUACCGCACUGCCAGCUGCCAGCGGCUGGGCCAUGGGUCUCGAGUGGCCCUGCCUGGCGUGGACGUGAGCCGGCCCCAGCUGGUGGUGCCGCGGCUGGCGCUGCCCGUGGGCCACUAUUGCUUUGUGUUUGUGGUGUCGUUCGGGGACACGCCGCUGGCACGCAGCAUCCAGGCCAACGUGACCGUGGCCCCCGAGCGCCUGGUGCCCAUCAUCGAGGGCGGUUCGUAUCGCGUGUGGUCAGACACGCAGGACCUGGUGCUGGACGGCAGUGAGUCCUAUGACCCUAACCUGGAGGAAGGCGACCAGACGCCCCUGAGCUGCCACUGGGCCUGCGUGGCCUCGACACAGAAUGAGGCUGGUGGGUGCACACUGAACUUUGGGCCACGGGGGAGCAGCGUGGUCACCAUCCCCCGGGAGCGCCUGGAAGCCGGCGUGGAGUACACCUUCAACCUCACCGUGUGGAAGGCAGGCCGGAGGGAAGAGGCCACCAGCCAGACGGUGCUGAUCCGGAGCGGCCGAGUGCCCAUCGUGUCCUUGGAGUGCGUGUCCUGCAAGGCGCAGGCGGUUUACGAAGUGAGCCGCAGCUCCUACGUGUACCUGGAGGGUCGCUGCUACAACUGCAGCCGGGGCUCCAAGCGAGGGCGCUGGGCGGCGCGCACCUUCAGCAACAAGACGCUGGUGCUGGACGAGACGACCACGUCCACCGGCAGCGCGGGCAUGCGGCUGGUGGUGCGGCGCGGCGCGCUGCGGGACGGCGAGGGCUACACGUUCACGCUCACGGUGCUGGGCCAGUCGGGCGAGGAGGAGGGCUGCGCCUCCAUCCGGCUCGCCCCGAACCGCCCGCCGCUCGGGGGCGCCUGCCGCCUCUUCCCGCAGGGCGCCGUGCGCGCGCUCACCACCAAGGUGCACUUCGAAUGCACAGGGUGGCGGGACGCCGAGGACGCGGGCGCGCCGCUGGUGUACGCGCUGCUGCUGCGCCGCUGUCGCCAGGGCCACUGCGAGGAGUUCUGCGUCUACAAGGGCAGCCUGUCCGCCUACGCGGCCGUGCUGCCGCCCGGCUUCCGGCCGCGCUUCCACGUGGGCCUGGCGGUGCUGGUGCAAGACCAGCUGGGCGCCGCCGUGGUCGCCCUCAACAGGUCUCUGGUCAUCUCCCUGCCCGAGCCAGACGGCGGCUCCCCUGGCCUCACGGCCUGGCUGCACGGCCUCACGGCCACCGUGCUGCCGGGGCUGCUGCGGCAGGCCGACCCCCAGCACGUCAUUGAGUACUCGCUGGCCCUGGUCACCGUGCUGAACGAGCACGAGCAGGCCGCAGACGGGGCCGCGGGGGCAGAGCAGGAGCAGCAGCUGCGAGCCCAGGUGCGGAAGAACAUAACGGAGACCCUGGUCUCCCUGCGCGUCAACACGGUGGACGACAUCCAGCAGGUGGCCGCGGCGCUGGCCCAGUGCACGGUGUCGCGCAGGGAGCUGGUGUGUCGCUCCUGCCUGAAGGGGACCCUGCACAAGCUGGAGGGCAUGAUGCGUAUCCUGCAGGCCGAGACCGCCCAGGGCACCGGCACGCCCACCGCCAUCGCCGACAGCAUCCUCAACAUCACAGGUGACCUCAUCCACCUGGCCAGCUUGGACGUGCAGGGCCCGCAGCUCUCGGAGCUGGGGGUGGAGCCGCCGGCCCUGAUGGUGGCGUCCAAAGCCUACAACCUGUCGUCGGCCCUCUUGGGCAUCCUCAUGCGCUCCCGGGUGCUCAACGAGGAGCCGCUGACCCUGGCGGGCGAGGAGAUCGUGGCCCAGGGCAAGCGCUCGGACCCGCGGAGCCUGCUGUGCUACGGCAGUGCCUCGGGCCCCGGCUGCCACUUCUCCAUCCCCGAGGCCUUCAGCGGGGCCCUGGCGCCGCUCAGUGACGUGGUGCAGCUCAUGUUCCUGGUGGACUCCAACCCCUUCCCGUUCGGCUACAUCAGCAACUACACCGUGUCCACCAAAGUCGCGUCCAUGGCCUUCCAGACCCAGGCCGGCACGCACAUCCCCAUCGAGCAGCUGGCCUCGGAGCACGCCAUCACUGUCAAAGUGCCCAACAACUCGGACCGGGCCUCCUGGGGCCCCCACGCGCCCGUGGGCUCCGCCGUCAUCCCGCCCCGGGCCUCGGUCAGCGCCGUGGUCGCCCUGGACAGCACCAACCCCGAGGCGGGCCUGCACCUGCAGCUCACGUACACGGUGCUGAAUGGCCGCUACCUGGCCGAGGAGCCGGAGCCGUACCUGGCCGCUUACCUGCACUCGGCGCCCCUUCCCAACGAGCACAACUGCUCGGCCAGCAGGAGAAUCCGCCCGGAGCUGCUGCAGGGCGCGGACCACAGGCCCUACACCUUCUUCAUCGCCCCCGGGACCGGAGCGCCCAGGGGCAGCUACUACCUGAACCUGACCAGUCACUUCCACUGGUCCGCGCUGGAGGUGUCCGUGGGCCUCUACACGUCCCUGUGCCAGUACUUCAGUGAGGAGGACAUGGCGUGGAAGACGGAGGGGCUCGUGCCGCUGGAGGAGACCUCGCCCAGCCAGGCCGUGUGCCUCACCCGCCACCUCACGGCCUUCGGCGCCAGCCUGUUCGUGCCCCCCAGCCACGUGCACUUUAUCUUCCCGGAGCCGGCCGUGGGCGUGAACUACGUCAUUGUGCUGACCUGUGCCGUGUGCCUGGUGGCCUACGCCGUCAUGGCUGUGAUCCUGCGCAAGCUGGACCAGCUGGACGUCAGCCGGGUCCGUGUCAUCCCCUUCUGCGGGAAGAGGGGCCGCUUCAAGUACGAGAUUCUGGUCAAGACCGGCUGGGGCAGAGGCUCAGGCACCACGGCCCACGUGGGCAUCAUGCUGUACGGGGCGGACAGCCGGAGCGGCCACCGGCACCUGGACGGGGACAGAGCCUUCCACCGCAACAGCCUGGACAUCUUCCAGAUCGCCACGCCGCACAGCCUGGGCAGCGUGUGGAAAAUCCGCGUGUGGCAUGACAACAAAGGGCUCAGCCCCGCCUGGUUCCUGCAACACGUCAUUGUCCGGGACCUGCAGAGCGCCCGCAGCACCGUCUUCCUGGUCAACGACUGGCUGUCGGUGGAGACAGAGGCCAACGGGGGCCUGGUGGAGAAGGAGGUGCUGGCGGCGAGUGACGCGGCCCUGUGGCAGUUCCGGCGCCUCCUGGUGGCCGAGCUGCAGCGUGGGUUCUUCGACAAGCACAUCUGGCUGUCCAUCUGGGACCGGCCACCUCGCAGCCGCUUCACCCGUGUGCAGAGGGCCACCUGCUGUGUCCUCCUAGUCUGCCUGUUCCUGGGGGCCAACGCCGUGUGGUACGGGGCCGUGGGGGACACUGCCUACAGCACAGGGCCUGUGUCCAGGGUGGUGCCGCUGAGCGUCAGCACGGUUGCCGUCGGCCUGGUCUCCAGUGUCAUCGUGUACCCCGUGUACCUGCUCAUCCUCUUCCUCUUCCGCAUGUCCCGGAGCAAGGUGGCUGGAGGCCCAGGCCUCCUGGCGGCCGGCCAGCCGGUACUGGAUGCGGACAGCUGCCUGGACUCGUCCGUGCUGGACAGUGCCUUGCUCACACUCGCCGGUCUGCGGGCUGAGGCCUUUGCCGGACCAGUGAAAAGUGACUCGUUUCUGGAUGAUGCGAGCAGCCUGGGGUGCUGGCCAUCCAGCGAGGGGACCUUCAGUUGGCCAGACCUGCUCAGUGACUCAUCCAUCGUGGGCAGCACCCUGCAGCGGUUGGCAAGGGCGCGCACCGGCCAUGUGCCGGGCCCCGAGGAGGAUGGCGUCUCCCUGGUCAGCCCCUGCUCCCCUGCCAAGUACCUGUCAGCAGCAGACGCAGGGGGCAGCCUGACCCCCGCCCAGGACACACGGGUGGACACUGACCUGCUGGCUGGCUUGUCCCCUGCCGAGAAGACGGAGGCGUUGCCGCUGCAGAGGCUGGAGAAGCGGCCGCCCAGCCCGGACGCGGCCCGGGAACAGCGCCCGGCGGCUCCGCUCCCCAGGGCAGGCCUGAGCCAGGGUCUGCGGAGGCGACUGCUGCCGGCCUGGUGUGCACCCCUAGCCCACGGGCUCAGCCUGCUCCUGGUGGCCGUGGCCGUGGGCAUCUCGGGGUGGCUCGGUGCCGGCUUCCCCCCGAGCGUCAGUGUCAUGUGGCUCCUGUCCAGCAGCUCCAGCUUCCUGGCCUCGUUCCUCGGCUGGGAGCCACUCAAGGUCCUGCUGGAAGCCCUGUACUUCUCACUGGUGGCCAAGCGGCUGCACCCUGACGAGGACGACAGCCUGGUGGAGAGCCCGGCCGUGACGCCCGUGAGCGAGCGCGUGCCCCGCGUGCGCCCUCCCCACGGCUUCGCGCUCUUCCUGGCCAAAGAGGAAGCCCGCAAGGUCAAGAGGCUGCACGGCAUGCUGCGGAGCCUCCUGGUAUACAUGCUUUUCCUGCUGGUGACACUGCUGGCCAACUACGGGGACGCCUCCGCCCACGGCCACGCGUAUCGCCUGCAGAGCGCCAUCAAGCAGGAGCUGGACAGUGGGGCCUUCCUGGCCAUCGGCCGGUCUGAGGAGUUCUGGCCGUGGGUGUCUCACGUGCUGCUCCCCUACGUGCACGGGAACCGGUCCAGCCCCGAGCUGGGGCCGCUGCGGCUGCGGCAGGUGCGGCUGCAGGAAGCACUCUGCCCGGACGCCCGCAGCGUGGGGCUGCACCGGUGCGCGGCCGCGGGGGGCUUCAGCACCAGCGACUUCGGCGUGGGCUGGGAGAGCGCAGCCCCCAACGGCUCGGCCGCCUGGGCCUACUCCGCACCUGACCUGCUGGGCACCUGGUCCUGGGGCCACUGCGCCGUGUACGACAGCGGGGGCUACGUGCAGGAGCUGGGCCUGAGCCUGGAGGAGAGCCGCGCGCGGCUGGGCUUCUUACGGCUGCACAACUGGCUGGACAACAGGAGCCGCGCCGUGUUUGUGGAGCUCACGCGCUACAGCCCGGCCGUAGGGCUGCACGCUGCCGUCACCCUGCGCCUCGAGUUCCCCGCGGCCGGCCGCGCCCUGGCUGCGCUCAGCGUGCGCCCGUUCGCGCUGCGGCGCCUCAGCGCGGGCCUGUCGCUGCCUCUGCUCACCUCGGUGUGCCUGCUGCUGUUCGCGCUCUACUUCUCGGUGGCCGAGGCGCACGCCUGGCGCAAGGAGGGGCGCGCGCGCGCAGUGCGGCCCGGGGCCUGGGCCAGGUGGCUGCUGGUGGCACUGACGGCGGCCACGGGACUGGUGCGUCUGGCUCAGCUGGGCGCCGCUGACCGCCAGUGGGCCCUCUUCGUGCGCGGCCGCCUGCGCCGCUUCAUCAGCUUCGACCAGGUGGCGCAGCUGAGCGCCGCGGCGCGGGGCCUGGCCGCCUCGCUGCUCUUCCUGCUCUCGGUCAAGGCGGCCCAGCAGCUGCGCUUCGUGCGCCAGUGGUCCAUUUUCGGCAAGACGCUGUGCCGGGCCCUGCCGGAGCUCGCGGGAGCCACCUUGGGCCUGGCCGUGCUGGGCGUGGCCUACACGCAGCUGGCCGUGCUGCUCGUGUCGUCUUGCGCACAGUCCCUUCGGAGCGCAGCGGGCGCCCUCUUGGUGCUGUGCCCCGGGGCUGGGGCCGGGGCGCCCUCGCUGUGCCCCGCCGAGGCCUGGAACCUGGCCCCGCUGCUGUGCGUGGGGCUCUGGGCCCUGCGGCUGUGGGGCGCGCUGAGACUGGGGGCCGUCGUCCUGCGCUGGCGCUACCACGGGCUGCGGGGCGAGCUGUACCGGCCGGCCUGGGAGCCGCAGGACUACGAGAUGGUGGAGCUGCUGCUGCGCAGGCUGCGCCUCUGGCUGGGCGUCAGCAAGGUCAAGGAGUUCCGCCACAAAGUCCGCUUCGAGGGGAUGGAGCCGCUGCCCUCCCGCUCGUCCAGGGGCUCCAAGUCCUCCCCGGACGCGCGCCCGCCCAGCGCCAGCUCCGAAGCCUCCCAUCCCUCCACCUCCUCCAGCCAGCUGGACGCACUGAGCACCGGCCUGGGCCGCCCGGGGGCCCGGGGUGAGCCGGAGCCCUCCCGGCUGCACCUGGUGUUCGAGGCCCUGCUCGCCCAGUUUGACCGGCUCAACCAGGCCACCGAGGACGUGUUCCGGCUGGAGCAGCAGCUGCAGAGCCUCCGCGGCCGCGGGCUCCCGCCCCUCCCUCCCCCACAGCCCGCCCGGGCCAGCCGGGGCAGGGACGGGCUUCCAGGCCCCCGCAGGACCUCCCUCCGGGCCAACAAGGUCCACCCCAGCAGCACUUAGCCCCUGGGCCAGGGGCACCGCUCAGUAUUACCUUCUGCCGCCUGCGCGGGCUGUGUGGAGCAGUGAGCGCCUGCACUUUACAGAGGUCCUGCCCGCCGCGCGCGGGAGGGCACAGCAGUAUUGGACUGGGUGAGUGCCCGCCUCUGACAUGCUAAUUUAUUGCCCACGUACGUCCUCAGGUCCAGCGGGCUGGGCCCGGCUCCCGGGCGGGGGCGAGGGCUGGCCUGCACUUCCUGUUGCCUCCCCUAAGUUAUUGGCUGUGGGCCCUGCGCAGGGCCCUCCUCGGCUGCCACCUGUCAGUAAUUUAUACGGUGUCGAAUGUGUGUAUUUUUGUAUGUCACUAUUGUCCACUAGGGCAGUGGGGGCCAUGGCUGCCUCUUGGAUCCGAGUCUGGCCCUGGGCAGGUGCUGGACAGUGAUGGCCGACACUGCUGUGCCCCCAGACCUGCUGGUGUCAGGCCUGGGUGACAAGCAGCACGAGGCCCCGGGAAGGGGAGGGGGCCUGGACACAGUACCUCCCAGGGUGGUCAUGGGAAGACCCCUCCCUGGGGCUGGCUCCCAGGGCUGGGCAGGGGGUGUGUGACCAGGGGA